AUGGAAAACUCGAGCCCGGCCGCCGCCCUGGGGAGGGCUCUCUGGGCUCUCUUCCUGGCCACACUGGGCUCCGCAGCCGGCCAGCCUCUUGGCGGGGAGUCCGUGUGCACCGCCAGGCCCCUGGCCAGAUACAGCAUCACCUUCACCGGCAAGUGGAGCCAGACGGCCUUCCCCAAGCAGUACCCGCUGUUCCGGCCCCCCGCGCAGUGGUCUUCCCUGCUGGGGGCAGCACACAGCUCCGACUACAGCAUGUGGAGGAAGAACGAAUAUGUCAGCAAUGGGUUGCGGGAAUUUGCGGAGCAAGGGGAGGCCUGGGCGCUGAUGAAGGAGAUCGAGGCCGCGGGGGAGAAGCUCCAGAGCGUGCAUGGGGUGUUCUCGGCCUCCGCCAUCCCCAGUGGCACGGGGCAGACCUCGGGAGAGCUGGAGGUGCACUCCAGGCACUCACUGGUCUCCUUCGUGGUGCGCAUUGUCCCCAGCCCGGACUGGUUUGUGGGCGUGGACAGCCUGGACCUGUGUGCGGGGGACCGCUGGAAGGAGCAGGCUGCCUUGGACCUGUACCCGUAUGACGCUGGGACAGACAGCGGCUUCACUUUCUCCUCCCCAAACUUUGCGACCAUCCCGCAGGACACGGUGACCGAGAUAACAUCCUCCUCACCCAAUCACCCAGCAAACUCCUUCUACUACCCGCGGCUGAAGUCUCUGCCUCCCAUCGCCAGGGUCACCCUGGUGCAACUCCGGCAGAGUCCCAGGGCAUUUGUCCCACCUGCUCCAGGCCUGGCCAGCAGGGACAACGAAAUAGUCGACAGCCUCUCAGUUCCAGAAACACCGCUGGACUGUGAGGUCUCGCUGUGGUCAUCCUGGGGACUGUGUGGAGGCCCCUGUGGGAAGCUGGGAGCCAAGAGCAGAACUCGCUAUGUCCGUGUUCAGCCCGCCAACAAUGGGAUCCCCUGUCCCAAGCUCGAAGAAGAGACUGAGUGUGUCCCUGAUAACUGUGUCUAAGAUCAGAGCCCUGCAGCCCCUUGAACCCCCUCGAGACUUGGGUGCUCAGGUCUGGGGCAUGGGGCCUCCGACGCAGGCCCAUGGCAGGCAGGUGGAUGAAGUGUUUUGUGCCUUUCCUAACUGCGGUGCAUACAGGUUGACAACUCUGCACAGAAGGGCCCUCUGGUGGCUGGGGGGGGGAUGUCCGGGAACGGGCUCCUUUCUCAACUUUGUUCUCCUGCCUCCCCCACCACCAUCCUGUCUGCUCUCAGAAUCCUUCCACACCAACCAUUCCUUCCCAAGCCUCACGAGUCUCUGUCCACUCUAAACUAUGUCUCCAUAUAAUUUAUUGCUGCUCUGGGAGUUGUCUUCAUGCAGAGAACAUACAGAGCCAGGUACGAUGGCACCCCUUGGACCAGGGUUUGGUACCCACACACUUACGGGAUACCACAGACCUGACUCCAGGCCAACGCUGAGCUACUCCCUGGAGCAAGCAUCCAAGCAGUGGUGAUAGGCGAGAAAUAAACUUCACUUGGUGUUUCAUGUUACUGA